ACCAAACCUACGAGGUGAAGCAAGGUACGGCCUAGGGCUUCAUCUCCCUAAUAGAUGUGUCACGGGUCAACAGAUCUGACUGAGCCGGUUGGUCAAGUCGGUAAAGAGCUGCGAAAAACAACACCCGGUUCACCUCCAGUUCUAAAUAAGGGUCGUCUCCUCUUUCCUACAAGACAUACAAACUGUUAAUCAGAGUCAUCAGAAAGCUGUAAUCAUAAUCGUAAUGUUCCGUCCUGAUUGAAUUAGGUCUGCACGCGAGUGGCUUCUUGAAGAAAACUGGAGAUCUUGUCGCGAUCGUCAUGCCGAGGAACUGUUCGCAUUUCGUUCGCACCUGUUCCUGAUACCGUCUUUUUGCGGCCUGGUACAAACUGUCAGACCUUCUUCAGCAUUUUUGUUCGCGAGAGAAAUUUGUUCAUGCUAAACCCACGAUUCUCAACAGUGAGGAGUGACUUGUGGAGGCCCACUAGGCCACAGAGAGCAACUCAUCUGAUAGAGACUGGACACAGUCAGCCACCCGAAAUGCUAGCUCUGUCGGUGCUAUCGACAGAUCUGAAUCAGUCAGACGAGAACAAGAAAAGACGACUAAAACGAUGUAUCUUCGCCCUGACUUUCGUUUUGUUCUCAGUCCUGGUGAUUCUGAUAUAUCGAUACUCCACCGUAGCAUCGCAAAUUAUGGUGGGUGUUGCGACGCCGCUGUUCAUCGGUGCGAUCCUGUUCGAGUGUUGUUGUCGCACCAAGGCUCUUCACGGGGCCCGCCCGGGACAACAGUGCGUAACAGUGGGGAUUCGUGAUUUUGAAGAGCCGUCGACGACACUGCUGGGGUACGACCCACAGGCUACGUUACCACCUUACACGCGUGUUGAAGAGGAGCCUCCUCAGUAUGACGUUAUCUGCAAUGGACAGACAGCCUCGUACCCAGGGGCAGAACUACAAAUGCCACUCUCGUACCCAGACACCUCACAGCCACUGGAAAGUCGGGAUCAGGAACAAACGAUGCAAGAUGUCUGCAACACCGCCACUUACAACCAAGUCCCUCCCCCGCCGUAUGAGGAGGCAGUCAGCCCCGUAAAAGAACAAUAGUUUCAGUAUGCUGAAAUUCGAAAUAUGGCUAAACACGACGUACUACUCACAACUAAGUUCAUUACUCAUUGCUACAGAUUGAACUUGAGUGAACUAUGACGUUUGUGAUCGCAUAGUUUUGUGAUAAGGGAAUAACGUUAACUGAAAGUUUGUCCUUUUUGCGACAAGAAAAUAGAUUAUAUAGUACGGUAUAGUACUUUACCUUAGACGUUGUAUAUAUCAUACAUGUAGAAAGUAACACAACAAGAUCAUGCAUUUAAAGUGUAGCACAAUAUAAUUCCCCACCAGUUUCUUCUAACAUGUUUGUAGUCCCAUAACAAGCUAUAGUGUCAUCUGGAGGGACUCCAUAACGUCAUCUGUUGGAUGAACUGAACUAAAUGGAACCAAGUGGUGCGGAAUAUAGAUAUAUCUGUGGUGUUAGGUCUGGAAAUUUGCAGAACAGUGUUUCUGUAUAUCUCUGGCUUUUUUUUUUUUAUUCUGUUUUCUUUAGCCAGGGUAGCCCAGCUCAGUGCAUCGCACUACUUUACAGUGGGGCCCUGGAUAAAUGGCUAUGAAGGAUGUGUAAAAUUUGCAAGGUCAUUCAAAGAUGGAUGGUGUAGUUCCUCGCCAAGUCAGAAGAGGCCGUGGCUACAAAAGAAAAUGCAGUUUUAUUGGCAACUGUGUAAUGCAUUUAUAUUGCUGUCACAUACAAACAACAUCACAAUUCCAACCUUUCAGUUACACAACAAGGACACUGUACAACUCAAGAGGGAGAGUCUAACGAUAACGAUAUCACUCAAUCAUAAAUGUAUACAGACUGUUGUCGCAAAUACAGUUCAAUUACAGUCAUUUUUAUGA